AAAACCCAACUCAAAUCGUCAUCAGAAAAUCGAAAUGCAAGUAGCGGUGGCAGAGUAGUAUCGAAGUGAAAAUUUAACUGAAAUGGGUAUCGGGUCGGAGUCGGGCAGCGGGAGUGGCUCCGACGACUCGUCGUCGUCGUCUUCGGGAGGAGGAUGGAGCAGCGUGGCGCGUGGCGUGGUGGUGAAGACGCUGGUGUUGAUCGGCGGAGCUUUAUUACUGAAGCGACUGACAAAGUCCACAACCCGGUGGGACCACGCCCGCCACGUCACCCGCUCCCUCUCCGGCGAGAAGUUCUCCAAGGACCAAGCCGCCCGGGAUCCUGACCACUACUUCAACAUCAGACUGAGUAGCUGCCCAGCAGCUGAGAUGGUGGAUGGGUCUAAAGUGUUGUAUUUUGAGCAAGCUUUUUGGAGGAGUCCCCAGAAGCCCUUUAGGCAGAGAUUUUAUAUGGUGAAGCCGUGCCCGAAAGAGUUGAAGUGUGAUGUUGAGGUAAGCUCAUAUGCAAUUAGAGAUGCAGAGGAGUACAAGAAUUUUUGUGAUCGCUCAAAGGACCAGCGUCCUCUGCCUGAAGAAGUUAUUGGGGACAUUGCAGAGCAUUUGACAACAGUGCAUCUUAAACGCUGUGAGCGUGGAAAACGCUGCUUAUAUGAAGGGUCAACUCCACCUGCCAGUUUCCCUAAUUUAUGGAAUGGAGCAUCAUACUGUACUUCAGAACUUGCAAUUCUCAAAAACAAUGAGAUACAUUCUUGGGAUAGGGGAUACAACGAUGAAGGAAAUCAAGUUUGGGGACCAAAGGAAGGUCCUUAUGAAUUCAAGCCCGCACCUGCCUCGAGUACCAAUGACAUGUUUUCUUCUUUAAACUUUCCUAUUCAGCAGUCUAUCGAAAAAAGAAUAGAGGGCUCAUUUGUCUUGCAAGAAUGAUCAUGGUAUUUUAUAACCAUCAUAUGUAAAUGUUAAGUUUACCUUUAUUAAUCUGUUUUUCUCUGUUAGUU